AUGGCAGAAGUGGAGAAUGGAAACGCCAUCAGUGCAGGUGAGAGUUUCUCUAUGAGAAUCCAAAGGUCUCUGGUGCAGGGAUCCAGAGACAUGAACGCUUACCCGAUCCUGAUCUUAGAUGAGAUCGCGCUCUAUGACCGGCAGAUCCGACUCUGGGGUGUGCAAGCACAAGAGAAAAUUCGAUCCGCGAAUAUUCUUUUGAUCACCGUCAAGGCGCUUGCCAACGAGGUCGCAAAGAACUUGGUCCUAGCCGGCAUUGGCUCCCUCACGAUUAUCGAUCAUGAGCCCGUUUCCGAGGCCGACUUGGAUGCAUCCUUCUUCCUGGAAGAGGCAUGUAAGAAUGAAGAUGUUAUUAAGCAAGGGAAAAAUCGUGCCGAGGUUGCUGGUCCCCAGAUUCACCGAAUGAACCCUCGAGUCAAGCUUCAUGUCGACACAGCAGACAUUCGCAGCAAACAACCCGAAUUCUUCAGCCAAUUCGACGUCACAAUUGCAACUGAGCUCGAUUUCGCUUCCUACACGACGAUCAACGCCGCUUGUCGCAUCGCUAACCGACCUUUUUACGCAGCCGGUCUGCACGGGUUCUACGGCUAUGUCUUUGCCGACCUGAUCUCGCACGAUUUUGUGAUCGAGCGGGAAAAGUCAAACGCCCCGACACGGCAGCAGGAAACGCUGACAAGAAGUGUGGUCAGCGUGACCGCAAAGACCGAGGGUGAGAAGAGCGAGAAGAGCGGCACCAAGGACAAAGUCAUCGAAUUGGUUACAAAGCGCGAGAUUUACUCUCCCCUUCAGCUUGCCAACACAUCCCCUCUGCCCGAAGAAUACACCAACAACGUGCGACGCCGAAAACAAGUCACCCCGCUCCUCAGCUGUCUCCGCGCAUUGUGGGAAUUUGAAAAGCUCUCAGGCGGCAGACGGCCCAGCUUUGCGCAUCAAGAUCUCGAGCUCUUUACAAGACUGGCUAGGGAAAGCCACCAAGAAUUGAAAUUGGAUCUUGCUACUCUCGACUCUGCCUUCCUGCGCCAAUUCCUUCAAAAUCUGGGCUGCGAGCUCAGUCCCGUCGCAGCAUUCGUCGGUGGUGCACUGGCUCAGGACGUUAUCAACGUUCUCUCUGCCCGCGAGCAUCCGCUUCAGAAUAUGCUGCUUUUCGACGGAGACAAGCUGGCUGGACCCAUCUACCCACUGCAUCCAUUCUUUCCUCCCGAGAUGGACGUUGGCUCGCUCGCUGCAGUACCGCCCGUGGCCAAUCCGAUUAUCAUGACUCCGACGACAGUCACCAAUCUUGCGAGUCAUCCCGCUCCUCAUAACGCACCAGUUAACUCUGCUGUGAAUAUGGGUGUGAAUCCCGGGCUGUGA